GCUAUAGAUACUGAAAAUUGAUCCAAGGAACUGAUGCCAUGAAGAUUCUAGGAUUCCUAAUGGGUCACGGACGCGGGAAAACAAGCUGAUGGUUUCCUGCGAAAAUGCCCCGUAGCAAUAGCGUUGUCUAGCAGCAAAUAGAAAUUAUUGUUGUUAAACCGGGAAUUCAUUAUUAAUCUGAACCGUGUACCAACUUGAACUUUCAAUAGGGAGAUAUCCUUCCAUAUAGACGUGCUAGUAGGACACAUGCACAAAUAAUAUUUAAAUAAUGAACAUUGGAGUCAUAGUGUCACCAGCAUUUCAUUCUCUACUAGAGCAUAAAUAAAAUUUGUGAAAAUUCAAAACGUGAUGCCGCCUAGUAGAAUAUAGAACGAGGAAGAGAGCAAAGGGGUGCUAAAGAUCAUAGUGGGAUUUUCAUUUUGGUUAUCCAAAUGGCGGGUCAUUUCUAUAUUAUCGCUUAUGUGCCAUGCGAUUAGGUCUGGCCGGGUUAGGCCAUGAAGAAGAAUUAGAGUUCUCUUUUUAACGGAAGAAAAAGGCCAAAGGAACAUGGCGAACAUCAGCCUGCCAGGUGUUGUGUCCGUACCGUACACGUGGUGAGAUGAAAUGUCAUGACUAUGCGUACGAAAACAUAUAAACAUUACAGCUUCUCCAGUGGUAUGUGUGUGGAGAUAAAUGUCAAAAUCAACCUAGAAUGCACAUCCAUUUUCUUUAAAAUCAUUCUCCAAUCCGGAUGUCAUAAAUCAAUGUAUGCAUGACUUUAGGUAGAAAAUGUCAAUAGGAAUGCCUAGUUUCCCACAUUCCCUUUGACAUUGUCUACCAUCCUAGUCAGCUUUUUUAAAUUAAAAAUAUAUUUUAUUUACUAAAAUUAAUUCUAAUACAAUAAAUAAUUAUUUUUAGAUUUAAUAAAAUCUUAAAAUUACUAAACAUAAAAUUUACAUUUAAUAAGAAAAUGAUCAUAAACAACACUAUUAGAGAUGAAUAACAUUUUUCACUUAAACUUAAAAGGAAAAUUUAGAAUAAAAAUAUCUUGUUUGUGUUGACACAUAUGAAAUAUAUACAACAACCAUCCAUUGGAGAAGCUCUUAGUCUUAUGUAAUUGGACAACAACGAAGGUGAGACCAGUUCCAGCUAGUUGACAAAAAAAAAAAAAAACUGAGUAUCGAUCCUGAUAUACGACCUAUAGUUGAAUCCAUAACCAUCUCAGGAAGGUACAACCCUCAGUGAACCACGUUAAAUCUCUCCACUAUCUUCUUUGUCUCACCCAUUCCUUGAAUUAACUUCUGGCGACAUUUAUCACACACCGGAUUCGUAUUCUAGCUUCAUCACUUCAAUUAAUGGAGGCCAGAUCAGAUGAAAUAUUGCAGCAUUUACUAGUGGAUAUAGUUGAUGAUGAUCGUAAUGGUGAAGAAAAUAAGAAACCGAAACUCCAAAUUCGUGAAUUAUCAAAAGUAUUAGACACAACAGGUGUACAGAUACUGUUUGAUGUAUGUGUUGAUAUACCGAAAGGAUUAAUCGUUGGGAUUAUUGGUCCCAGUGGUAGUGGGAAGUCAACGGUUUUGAGAUCUUUGAAUCGAUUGUGGGAUCCACCUAAAAACACUGUGUUCCUUGAUAAUCAAGAUAUACUUGAUCUUGAUGUUCUUUCACUGAGGCGCAAAGUAGGAAUGCUUUUUCAAUCCCCUGUUCUCUUCCAAGGAACUGUUGGGGACAACAUUAGAUAUGGUCCGAAAUUGACAGGUAAAAAGCUAUCAGAUGACGAAGUAACCAAGCUACUCGCCCUAGCUGACCUUGAUUCUUCUUUCGCUAGCAAAAAUGGCAAUGAACUUUCUGUUGGGCAAGCUCAAAGAGUUGCUUUAGCUAGAACACUAGCCAAUGACCCUGAGGUAUUACUAUUGGAUGAACCAACCAGUGCUCUUGAUCCAAUCUCGACACAGGCCAUAGAAGACACAAUCUUGAAGCUCAAGAAGACACAUAAGCUAACAACUGUCAUAGUUUCUCACAGUGUUAGGCAAAUCCAAAGGAUUGUCGAUGUAAUAUAUCUCCUAGUUGAAGGUAAGAUUGUUGAAGUUUUAAGACCUGAUCGUCUCUCUGAAGCCAGUCAUCCGAUGGCUCGAAAGUUCCUCGAACUCAGCUAGUUUUUUCACUCUCUCUAUCUCUGUUUAUGUUUUUAUAUAUGAAAUUUGGUGCUUGAAUUAAAUGCACUUGCCAGUAUAUAUAUGUGGAAUAUUGAAUAAUGAUGGAUCUGGCGAAUCGCAUACUCUUUCCUUUUUAGAGAUUGGACAAA